CAGCUGCCACAAGUCAACGCAGGGGAGCCACUCGUUGCUUUGCAAUUUAGAGAUAUUUCUCUCAACUUAUAAGACUCGUUGAGACGAGAAAUAGUGUGCAAAUCGGAGGAAGAAUCCCAUCCAGUCCCUGGCUUUUCGAAAUAUUCCGUAGAGGAUGAGAUUUCGAAGCAUUGUUUGCGGGCGGGCCCAACUAUAUGCUCGAGUCAAGAGAUAUCCAAUGGUUACAAACCAUCGGUUGGUGGCUGCCAUUCUUGGAGAGCGCGGGUAACUCGCCAUCUUCCGGCACAAGCUGCCACUGCGCCGGUGCCAACAUGGCGUUGCUUCGCAUCCUGGAAGCUGGAUACUACAUAGUAACGUAGUACUACGUAAGUUGCUAACGGUCGUGUUCGUUGGAAUGGCGCUCGUGGUAUCGGGAAUGUAUAAGGAAUGCCGAAUGAGGAGUGAGGACCGAUGAAGUGAGGAAGUGAUGGUGAUGGGAGUGGCAUCACAUCGGCCUGCCCACGACCUGCCAUUCCCGAUAUCAC